GGGGGAGAGGACGAGGGAGGGAGAGAGGGAGGAGGAGAGGAUGAGAGAGGGAGAGAGAAUGAGAGGGGGAAAGAGGGGGGACCGAGACAGGGAGGACGGUGAGGUCUGCAGAGUGCAGGAGCAAACAUCCAGCCGCCAGCAGAAGGAGGAGAGGAUGAGAAAGGGAGAUAGAGAAGACAAUGAUAGAGCGGAAGUUGAGGUCUUCUCUAUAGGGAACUGUAACACCCCUGAGGACAGUAAGAUCUCAGUGUGUGUCUCACAGUCCCCACAAAGGGCCCCCUAUAAGGGAAGUGGAGGGGGAAGGGAUUGGACAUGUGAAGCCCCUCAAAGGGCCCAUAAGGAGGUGAAGAGGCAGGGGAAGGGAGGAGGACGGGGAGGAAGGAGUGAGAGGGGAGGUGUAAAGAGUGGGAGGGAAGGAGGAAGGGUCAUGAGGAGACUGACAGGCAGGAAUACACUGGCCACAUAGUGUCUGAGAUGAAGGUAUACAUGAGUAGCAGCAGCAGCUCAGAGACACAGGACUGCAGAGAGGCUGCCGUCAGGCCAAGACCACCAAGGCCCAGGCCCAGGCCUAGAUCCGGGCCCAGCCCCAGCACCCCACACCCUCACCAGACACAAUCCCACACUCAGCAGGCCAAGGCCCGCCCGAAACAAGCCUACCAGACCCACACCUACCUGACAGAGGUCCAUACCCUCCCAAAACAGGCCUACCAGACCCACACCUACCUGACAGAGGUCGAUCCCCUCCCGAAACAGGUCCAGAACCACCAGCUACAGGCCCAGAGCAACGUCCGACAACACCAGCAGACACAGAACUGUAGAGAAAGUGCUAUCAGGCCUACACACAGAUCUAGCCCCAACACACCACACCCUCAACACCCCCAGACACCGGCCCAAAUGCAGCACAUCCAGGCCCACCAAAUCCAGGCCCAGUAUAGACAGGCCCCGCCGACACAGGCCCAGAUGCAUAAGAGACAAGCACCCACCCACCCGACACAUGCCCAGACCAACAAGAGACAAGCACCCACCCACCCAACACAGGCCCAGACCAAGCAGCACCACAAAGAGAGUCCCGUCAGUCCCAGCCACAGCGCUAGGCCCAUCUCUGACAGCCCUAUGCCCACCUCUGACAGCCCUAGGCCCACCUCUGACAGCCCUAGGCCCAUCUCUGACAGUCCUAGACCCACCUCUGACAGCCCUAGGCCCACCUCUGACAGCCCUAGGCCCAUCUCUGACAGUCCUAGGCCCACCUCUGACAGUCCUAGGCCCACCUCUGACAGCCCUAGGCCCACCUCUGACAGCCCUAGGCCCAUCUCUGACAGCCCUAGAUCCACCUCUGACAGCCCUAGGCCCACCUCUGACAGCCCUAGGCCCACCUCUGACAGCCCUAGGCCCAUCUCUGACAGUCCUCGACCCACCUCUGACAGCCCUAGGCCCAUCUCUGACAGCCCUAGGCCCAUCUCUGACAGCCCUAGGCCCACCUCUGACAGCCCUGGGCCCACCUCUGACAGCCCUGGGCCCACCUCUGACAGCCCUAGGCCCACCUCUGACAGCCCUAGGCCCAUCUCUGACAGUCCUAGACCCACCUCUUACAGCCCUGGGUCCACCUCUGACAGCCCUAGGCCCAUCUUUGACAACCCUGGGCCCACCUCUGACAGCCCUAGGCCCAUCUCUGACAGCCCUAGGCCUGCCCCACCUCCCAGCCACAAUGCCCAGACACAGGAACACACUCCCAACACCCGACAGACCGAGCAGCAUUGCAGAGAGACCACCACCAGUUGGAGCGCCAAGCCUCCGUCUCCUCUCCUCCAGGAGAGCCACCAGACCCAGACCUAUCACCCUCGCAGAGACAGCACCACCAGCCCCAGCCCAAGGCCCACUUCUGACUCCUCAUCCAGCCUGGACAAACAUCCCAGGGCUGUAAAACUAUCAACAUCACCAGCUCCACCAGCUUCACACCACAACACAGAGCCACAGAGGGAGUACCCUGAGGAGAGACAGACACGAACACAGACACACAAACAGAUGCCCCACAACAUCUCAGAGCAGCGGCCUGGCAGGCCCCACUGUCCAGAGCCCCGGGCCCUACAGGAGGACAGUAACAACAAACCUCAGCCUGAACCAACACAGAACAACGCCUCGUUCCCCAGCUUCGUGGAUGUCCCAGGUCCGUGUGAGCCCGAGGACCUGAUUGAUGGCAUCAUCUUUGCUGCUAACUACCUGGGUUCCACCCAGCUGCUGUCUAACAAGAACCCAUCUAAAGGAACACGCAUGUCCCAGGCGCAGGAGGCUCUCACCCAGGUCAAGAGCCAAGAUGGAGACUCUCAGACGGUGACAGAAGUGGACCUCUUCAUCUCCACCAAGGCUGUCAAAGUGAUGAAUGCCGACUCCCAGGAGACGCUGAUGGACAGUGCGUUGCGUUCCAUAUCCUACAUCGCAGACAUCGGGAGCAUCGUGGUUCUGAUGGCUCGGACCCGUAUGGCAGGAACAUCCUCGCAGGACUGUAGUGAAGCUGAUCUCUCCUGCUCAGAGGGACCGAGACGGUACAGAAUGAUCUGCUACGUCUUCGAGUCAGAGGACGCCCAGCUCAUUGCCCAGUCCAUCGGCCAGGCGUUCAGCGUUGCCUACAGGGAGUUCCUCCGUGCCAACGGGAUCAACCCUAAGGACCUGAGUCAGAAGCAAUACAGUGACAUCAUCAAUUCCCAGGAAAUGUACAAUGACGACCUGGUCCAUUUCUCAAACUCUGACAACUGUAAAGAGCUGGAGUUGGAGAAGCAGAAGGGAGAGAGCCUAGGUGUGGUGAUAGUGGAGUCUGGCUGGGGCUCCAUCCUGCCAACAGUUAUCCUAGCUAACAUGUUGAACAGCGGCCCGGCUGCCCGCUCUGGGAAACUCAGCGUCGGGGACCAGAUCAUGUCCAUUAACAACACUAGCCUGGUGGGCCUGCCGUUAGCUACCUGCCAAGGCAUCAUCAAGGGUCUGAAGAGCCAGGUGCAGGUGAAGCUGAGCAUCGUGAGUUGUCCUCCUGUCACCACCGUCCUCAUCAAGAGACCCAACCUCAAGUUCCAGCUGGGCUUCAGUGUUCAGAACGGCAUCAUCUGCAGUCUGAUGCGUGGAGGUAUCGCGGAGCGAGGAGGGGUGCGAGUCGGCCACAGGAUCAUUGAGAUCAAUGGACAGAGUGUGGUUGCCAUGCCGCAUGAGAAGAUAGUCCAGACCCUGUCUGUGUCAGUGGGAGAGAUCAACAUGAAGACCAUGCCUGCAGUGAUGUUCAGACUGUUAACAGGGCAGGAGAUUCCCGUCUACAUUUAGACUCUCCACGUCAGAGUUCUAAAUUGCACCCUAUUCCCUAUGUAAGGCACUACUUUAGACCAGGACCCGUAGGGUUCCGGUCAAAAGUAGUGCACAAUGUAGGGAAUAGGGUGCAAUUUAUUACGCACAACUUAUCUGCAUCUCUUUCUGUGUACUCGCUCACUGCUUCUGCAUGUCUGGGGGAAGUUGAACAGACGGGGUGGUCGACAGUCAGUGGAGCCAUUAAAAUGAGCCUGUCCUCCGAUUUACAGUGACACCAGCCUCCACUGGUGCCAGGGUGAUACAAUACAUCAUAGGCUAUUCUUUAAUAGCAGGGGUAUUGUAGCCUGGUCUGUCGUUGGGAGCGCCUCUCUGGACAAUGCAUGACCACUACCUUAGGAGUUGGCAAGACAGCACAAACAGAUCUGGAACCAGGCUAGGGGGUAUUGAGCUACAGUCUACUCCCUAUAUAGUACUCUACUGUUGACCAAAACC